UAAUGAGAAAGUUUACAAUGUGCAGAGAGGAGUGAGCAGACUCAGGAACACACCGGCCUGGAGGAGGAGAGAGAUAACAGCAACAGCUUGGAGAGGAAAGUCAUUCAAACGGAGCAACACUUUGCUAUAAUUAUUUAUUUAUUUGUUUAUUUUUGGAGUAUUUAUUUAAUUUCUAUCAAAGAUGAACGUGUCAAGAAGUCUGUGCACGUUUGAGGACAUUAGAAGUCAAGAAUAUGGGGACCGGUGCAGGCGACUGCGGCUCACACUUCACAGCCAGAGCCCAGCGGAGCAGCACAGAGACAGGCCGAUCGGACGAGCAUUCGCACUGGUGCAACCAGCCAGCGACAGGACAUCUCUGACCCCGGAGCCAGUCAAGUCUACAGAGGAGCAGGUGGAGGUUAUCAAGGUUUAUUUAGAGGCCCGCAAACAGGAGCAACAGAAGCACCAGCAGAGCCUGAAGAUGCUGUCGGAUGAAGUAUCACAGAUACAGGAGGUGAGGUACUGCUUGAAGACACUGAGGGAGCAGAUGGCAGCCAAGACUAAGCCACACACAAACGGAUGGAGAGUUGGCGUGCCCUUCAAAAAGAGCAGCUCAUCUUCCUCUAAGGGCAGCACUAAAGCCGACGUGCAGGAAGCAGAUGAAGAGGCAGAGAGAACCAAGCUGAGGGAGGUCAGUAAGCGCUUGUACGCACAGCUCCAGGAGGCAGAGAAGAAGCACCAGGAGGAGAAAGAGAGACUGCAGGCGGAAGGCAGCCAGCUGAGGGAGCAUCUGAGCAGCCAGGAGCAAAAGUUGAAGAUCACAGAAGACGCCAGCGAGAGGAAAGACCAGCGCAUAGAUGAGCUGCAAAGGCUGCUGGGAGGGAUGGAGCAGGAGAGCGCCACCUUGAGGGAGGCAAUCUGCAACAGGGAGGAGGAACUCCGCGAGCUGAAAAAGAUCAGAGAAGAGGGCCACAAAGGGGACCAGAGGGCUGAGCAGCUGGAGAAGGAGGUGGCUAUUCUCAAAGAAAAGAUCCACCAUCUGGAUGACAUGCUCAAAUGCCAGCAAAGGAAAGUCAGACACAUGAUUGAGCAGCUUCAGAACUCUCGCAUGGUGAUCCAGGAGAGAGACCGCGUCAUCAAAGAGCUGGAGGAGAAAGUGGCUUUCUUGGAGGCUGAGAACCGAGAGAUGCAUGACCAGAUGGACUACUUCCUCGGAGGCCAAAGGUCAAAUUCCUACCUUUCAUCAGAACGCAACCCCCAGAUCGUCUACAGCAAACCGCUCAAGCCGUCCACAACAUCCAACAAACCCCUUCCUUUCAUCAAAGUCAUUGAGAUUAAGUCAUGAAGUGACUGUGCAGAAGUUAAUGCACAGAACGUAUCAAAGGGCCCAGAACCACCAAACCUUUUCACAGCAGACUGAAACCAAACAGCACCCACAUCUGAUCACAUGAAUGUUUGGGAUGUCAGAGCAGAGCUCCCUGGACUGCAACCACAUCAACACUUAAAGUAAAGUGGUCAAACCACUAACACUGUAGAAGGAGACUGUGUGGUGUUUAUGUCAGCUUUAAUGUAGAUACACUAAGCGUACUGACUCAGCUAAGGUGCAUUUGAAGUUUUACAUGUUGUACUGAAUUCUGUAUGUGUGUGUUUCCUUGUCCUGCCCUGUUUCGAUUGUUUUUGUUUAACCUUUGAGUUUACGACACUGACGAUGUGUUAAAACAGGAAUGUGGGGCAAAGUGCAGUUGUUUUGCCAAAGUGGGUUAAGGCGUUGUAAAGCCCAUUAUCAGGAAUGUAGCAAACCAAGCUAACUAAGCUAGAGCUUCAUGUAAAAACCAUUAACAUGUCGACCUACAUCCUACUACGUCUUAGUACUCAUCCUUGACUCUGUCACUUUGUAAGGUGAACAGUAAAUUGCUUUAAAAAAUGUAAAUACUGAGUGUAGUCUAUAUAAAGUUUAACAACCUGCGAUGAAAAGAGCUGUGUAGAUUAAACUUGUUCCUUUAAGCCCUGAACAACAUGGCACCUUUUGAAACUGUGAGAAAGCAGAAGGAAAAUGACCGUCAGAGAUGAUGAAGACAUUUUGACGAACUGCUUCAUAGAAGUGUCAUUCUAUUUCUUUCACUUAUUCCUUGUAAAGCAUUUCAGUUCCUUGUCGUUGUGUAUAGUUAUGUUUUGUACGUUUUAAUGAAUGUGUUUUGAUGUUUUAACUCCUGCUUAACACCUUCCUUCUUUGUAUUUAUUUAUAUUAAAGAACUCUAGACAGACUGAUUGGUAGAUGUUUUCUUUUUAAGUAUGCAAUCGGUUUGUGCUUCAGAAUAAAAGCUUCAAAUUAA